AUGAUAGAGCAAAAAACGACUGAACUGAACACUUAUAAUGUCGCCCAGUUGCAAUUCGCUUUGGCGGACUCAAAGUGCGACGCGCUGGGAAACUUUGUACAAGACCUCUCUCCGUCCAACUCUCCUCCUCUCAUCUCCCUUGUCCAUCCGCCCCCAUCGUCCACGCCGGCGACAACGGGCCUCUCAUCGCUGCACGGCACGACGACCAUCGAUUACGACUCCAGGAGGAUGUCCAGUUCCGCUACUUCAGCAGCGGACACAGACUCUUCAAGCAUGAUGAGCAACAAGCGUCCCUUGACCCCCUCCGACGACUCCCCCGAUCCCAAGAGGCAGAGGGACGACGCCGACGGUGAUGUAGACGGCGUUAAGGUGCAGCUUCCAUCCAUAUUCACCUCGUUCGAGGACUCCCAGACAUCCCCGUCGUUGCUGCCCUCCACCUUCAGGUUGGAGGCAAGCAGGAGAGCGUCGCUGCCCACGUUGAGCUCGUCGUCUGUCAGGCAUGCGCCGUACCCACCCACUUCGCUCCGACAGGCAUACGCCCCCUCAUCGACGCCGUCGUCGACGUUUUCAUCAUAUACAUUCCCCCCUACGGAAGACCAUGGGCACAAACCCCGUCCGGGACGCUUAUCCACCGAUUUGCACCUCAACUUGGGCAGUACUCCGCCGACGCCAUUCGAUUCGCCGUAUCCGAAUGCCUCGUCGUCGUCGUCCACCUCAGCAACGACGCCUUCCACGCAUUUUGAUUCACCUUUGGCCGGCGACUAUCAGCAACAUAAUAGACAUCAUCAGGGUCUUUCGCCCUACAUGAGCACAAGCGCCGAUCAGUCUGACAGCUGGAAUAAUCCCUCUGGUUCAGGAAUAAUCCGACCCAGCUCGACUCCGGGCCAGCUCAGCUCGUCUUCCUCGUCCUCCACCAGUCCCUCUCUGUUAAAUAAAUACCAACUCGACAGUCUCCGCCACUCCUCAUUCGGUGCUGCUCCCCAGUACAACAAUCCCCAGUACAGCAACCACCAGCAACAGCAUCAGAUGUUCGCAGGUUCAGCACGCAUCUCGGGCCAACUCGACCGACGCUCGAGUGGGAUAAAAUCAGACUGGUCCUUCCCCGCCCCCGAUGGCGGCGCUCAUUCUACUCCCCAUUCACCAUCCCGCUCCCCGCCCUCUAUCCCCAUCCCGCCCCACCACAAUCUCCUCCCCAACCACCCCACAUCCCCGAUGCCCUCCUCCUCGCCCAACAACACCUCAUCCCUCGUCGAUCGUCCCACCCGCAAGCGCGGCAAACUCCCCAAGGAGACAACGGACUAUCUCAAGGCAUGGCUCCACCGCCACUCAGAUCACCCAUACCCCAGCGAGGAAGAGAAGAAGCAGCUCUGUGGCGCCACAGGGCUGAGCAUGUCCCAGGUCUCGAAUUGGAUGAUCAACGCUCGUCGCCGCAUCCUAGCGCCAGCACACCGUGCGUCUUCUGGGCCAACAACGACCGCGCCUUUCCCGCCUAUCCGCGCGUCGAUGUCCUCUUUGUCCUCGAAUUCCCCGCAUUCGGCUCACCCCCACCACCUCUCGUCGUCGCCCUACCCCCUCCUUCAUUCCGGUAUGAACUCGGGAUUGCACCCACACUACUCGAACGCAGGGAUGAACAUGGGUGGAUUCGAUCCCCUUGUCAGGAGAGCAUCAAUGCCUGCCGACACGCUUCAGCUAUACCACCCCAUGACUCUGCAGUCGCUGCCCAGUACUCCCACCCACCAUCACCCAUCUCAUCUACACGACUCACCCCCUCCUCAGCAUCACCAACAUUCCUCGCACCCUUCCCCCCAUCACCAACAGCAGCAGCAACAGUAUGGCGGAGGCUACCACCAGCAGCAGGAGUACAAUAAUUCCCGGGGCGGAUCGGCUUAUGGAACGCCACAAUGA